UGUGUCUGGGCCCAAAACAAUUAUAGAUAAAUUCAAUUAAUGAAUACAAAAUAAAAAAAAAAUAAAAUAUAUCAAAUUCGAAGCGCUUUAAAAUGGUCACCUGCCAUUGAAAUCGAACAGAAACGAACCGAACCCCCAAGAUGGAGGUUCUCUGCAAAAUUUUAUUAGUGUGCUCACUGCUAGUCAGUGCCCAGGCUUUCCAGGCCAUCGAACCAGCCAAGGGCUCCAAAAAGCUCCAAUGGCAAUCCAUGCUCUUCGAUGCUCUGACUGGAAAUCUUCCGGAAGCCCAGACUUAUGAGAAUGCCAGCUUGGAGGACUGCACUUCCCUGUAUACAGUCGAAAAUAUUGAGAUUCUGUUGACGGCUGGAUACAAGAUCCGCCACUGCGCCAAUCUUGAUUCCAAGGAUAUCCGACGUUAUCUUGAGAGCAACGACUUCCUCUACACCAAAGCCAUCUUCGAGGGAGAGCUCUUCAGCUGUUUGCUUCUGGAUUCGCGUCAACAGACCCGUGAAUGUUACGCAGAGACGAUCCAAAACCUGCUUGAUUCUGUGCGUCCCAGCCAGCGCGACUACCGCCGCAAGUGGGCUUGUUACCUGCGUGAAGUCGAAAAGGCGGUCUUGAGACUGGAUGCCGCAGAAAAAAGUCUGGCCAGUUGCCUUGCCCAGCCCGGUCCGCCCCAGAACAGCACCUUGCCACCAAACGCCAACACCACCACCGAUGGUCCGGGAUGGGGCACCACUCAGUGGCCCAAUACGAACACCACUCCCAACUUCACCAUAACCACCACCGAGCCAAACUGGGGAAACUCGACCCAGGGACCUAGCUUGAACUCUACCGAAGGACCAUGGUGGGGCAACAACUCUACCUCUGGACCCAACUGGAACACCACUGAAGGACCAUGGUGGGGCAACAACUCUACCGAAGGACCUUGGUGGGGCAACAACUCUACCGAAGGACCAUGGUGGGGCAACAACUUUACCUCUGGACCCAACUGGAACACCACUGAAGGACCAUGGUGGGGCAACAACUCUACUGAAGGACCUUGGUGGGGAAAUAACUCGACGGAAGGACCUUGGUGGGGCAACAACUCUACCUCUGGACCCAACUGGAACACUACCGAAGGACCGUGGUGGGGAAAUAACUCAACACAAGGACCUUGGUGGGGCAACAACUCCACCGAAGGACCCUGGUGGGGCAACAAUUCUACCUCUGCACCCAACUGGAACACCACAGAAGGACCGUGGUGGGGAAAUAACUCUACCGAAGGUCCUUGGUGGGGCAACAACUCUACCUCUGGACCCAACUGGAACACCACCGAAGGACCAUGGUGGGGAAACAAUUCUACCUCUGGACCCAACUGGAACACCACUGAAGGACCGUGGUGGGGAAAUAACUCGACGGAAGGACCCUGGUGGGGCAACAACUCUACCUCUGGACCCAACUGGAACACCACUGAAGGACCAUGGUGGGGAAACAAUUCUACCUCUGGACCCAACUGGAACAUCACCGAAGGACCGUGGUGGGGAAACAACUCGACGGAAGGACCCUGGUGGGGCAACAACUCUACCUCUGGACCCAACUGGAACACCACCGAAGGACCAUGGUGGGGAAACAAUUCUACCUCUGGACCCAACUGGAACACCACAGAAGGACCCUGGUGGGGCAACAACUCUACCGAAGGACCCUGGUGGGGCAACAACUCUACCGAAGGACCCUGGUGGGGCAACAACUCUACUUCUGGACCCAACUGGAACACCACUGAAGGACCAUGGUGGGGAAACAACUCUACACAAGGUCCUUGGUGGGGCAACAGAACCUCUGGACCCAACUGGAACACCACCGAAGGACCUUGGUGGGGAAAUAACUCAACGGAAGGUCCCUGGUGGGGAAACAACUCGACUGAAGGUCCUUGGUGGGGCAACAGCACCUCUGGACCCAACUUCAAUUCCACCACUGGUCGUCCUAAUUUUAACUCAACCGAAGGACCAUGGUGGAACAACACCACUCCCAGCUGGAACUCUACCACUUUAGGCCCGAACUUCAACACCACAGAAGGACCUUGGCUAGGAAACUCUACCCAAGGACCCAACUGGAACAGCACUCAGGCCCCCGGCUGGAACACCACCACCGUUGGGAGUCCAACCACCACAGAAGGAAACUGGUUCGAUCGCCUCAUGGGAGAUAUCCGAAACAUCUUUUAAGUCCAGAGAGUUUCAUUGAGCCAAAAUCCGAGCGCUAGUAGUAUAAGCUUCUGGCUGUCCAAUAAAUAAAGUAAUGUCGCAUUGAAAA